AAUCUCUCUUGCCCAGACCGUGUUCGUAUUUGAACGUAGUCAUAAGUCGCUUGGACCCGCUUCUUCUGGAAAUACUUCUUAACCUAUAAAUUACCCACUCCCUGAAUAACCAUUAUGAUAUUCCUUCAUUUGCCAAAGCCUGUGACACAGAUUCAUCACCAUGGGCCGUUUGUCGGACAGUUCUCCGCCACCGAAUUUAAACGAGAAACCACAUCAUGAAACCGGAGAGCUCUGUGCCACUCCUCCACCCGCGGAGGACACGUCGGAGAGCAUCGCCGUCAACUCAGAUCGAACCGGAAGUGAAGUUGAAGGCAAAGAUGGACGCAAAGAUGCUGCAGAGGCUGAACAAACCGCCUCUUUAGCCAACUACUUUAGAGUCCUCUCCUAUACCAGCGCCAAGGAUCGCGUCGUACUCGGAAUGGCGUUGAUAUGCUCUAUCGGAUCUGGAGUGCCACUGCCCCUUAUGAAUAUCGUGUUCGGUAAGAUGGUUGGUGAGUUCAACGGAUAUUUUAUCCCGGGUACAUCGGUCACAGAAGCACAAUUCAAAUCAUCCGUGAGCAAACUGAGCUUGUAUAUCGUUUACCUCUUCAUCGCCAAGUUCGCUUUAACAUAUGUCUCAAUGUUCUGUUUCCGUGUCAUCGGUCUUCGAGUCUCAGCUGCCUUGCGACUGGAAUACAUGCAGUCACUUUUUACCCAACCAAUUACUACGUUGGAUCAAGUGUCGGUGGGCACGGUCACAAAUACCAUCUCGACGCUCUCCAAUUCGAUUCAACAAAGUAUUACCGAUAAGCUUGCGAUUCUGUUCCAAUCUCUGGCACUUCUAGUGACAGCAUACAUCAUCGCCUUCAAGUACUCGUGGGCCUUGACUCUUGUUACUAGCGCUUGCCUCUUAUUCAUCCUCAUUGCCUGUAGCGUGACGAUUCCCAUUAUUACUAAGAUUCAACAGAAAGUCGACAAAGCCGAUGAGAAGCAUUCGUCAGUAGCAGCAGAAGUAUUCGGCUCUAUUCGAACUGUUGUUUCCCUUGGGGCUGAGGAGUCUCUCAGCAAGAAAUAUGCUGCCUGGAUUGAAGAAGCACAACGACGUGGACAACGUAUGUCCACUGUCAUGGGAGUCCAAUUUGCUCUCAUGUUCUUCGCAAUGUACUCAAGCUUUUCUUUGGCAUUCUGGUUUGGACUGAAGUUGUACCGGGAAGGCCAUAUCGAUGAUAUCAACACUGUCAUCACUGUGUUUUUUUCUAUCAUGAUUGCAGUCACUAUUUUGGGAAAUAUCGCAACCCCACUGAUCAUCAUCUCUAAGGCCGCCAGCGCUGCGAGUUCAUUUUUCGAAAUGAUAGACUCCGAGAGGAUUGAGCUUGGGGGCCUCCGUGAUCCUGAUGUUUCAGCCCACGAAGACAUUGUUUUCCAAGAUGUCCAUUUUACAUAUCCUACGCGACCAGAUAGCGCAGUCCUCAAGGGUCUGCAUGCUCGAUUCGAAAAAGGCAAGACCACGGCAUUGGUUGGUCCAUCAGGCUCGGGUAAGAGUACAAUUGUGGCUCUUGUUGAGCGAUGGUAUCAAUUGCGAGUGGGUGAAGAGGACCACAGCCGAGGAACCAUUCUCGUGGGCGAACACAAUAUCAAUAGUCUAGAUAUAAAAUGGUGGAGAUCGCAGAUCGGAUUGGUUCAGCAGGAGCCCUUCCUUUUCAACGAUACUAUAUUCAAUAAUGUCUCAUUCGGCCUGAUCGGAACGAAAUGGGAAAAUGAAACCGACGCAGUGAAACGAGAGAUGGUGGAGAAGGCCUGUCGAGAGGCCUUUGCGGCGGAAUUUAUUGAUCGCCUGCCAAAGGGCUAUUCAACUAUGGUGGGCGAGAAUGGUACCAAAUUGAGUGGCGGCCAAAGGCAACGUCUUGCAAUUGCUCGAAGCAUCGUGAAAGAGCCCACCAUUUUGAUCUUAGACGAAGCAACAAGUGCAAUCGAUGUCCGUGGCGAGAAGAUUGUGCAGGCCGCCCUUGAUCAAGUUUCGAAAAAUCGCACCACCAUCGUAAUUGCUCACCGGCUAUCGACCAUUCGACGAGCAGAUCACAUCGUUGUAAUGAAGGGCGGUGCUAAUGUCGAGCAAGGAACACACGAAGAGCUUUUAGCAGUUGAAAAAGGGGUUUACCAUGGCCUCGUCCAUGCUCAAAAACUUGAGCUCUUGGCAGAGGACGAGACCCACGAGAGUGAAAUUGCUCAUGAGUUGAAAGAAGAGAUCCAGUUAGCUCAUUCUGCUCUCGACUACAGACCACAGACGGAGGAGGAAAAUAAGAAAGACAGAAAUCGGGGCUUUUUUAGUAGCAUUGGUCGGAUUCUAUAUGAGCAACGUGCAAAUUGGCCCUUUUAUCUUACGACUGUAUUUGGCGCAGUUGGUGCAGGAGCUGCUUUCCCGCUUCAGAGCUGGCUCUUUGCAAAACUUAUCCACGUAUUCCAACUUACUGGUCAACAGCUUGCUGAUGCCGCUAACUUCUGGGCUUUGAUGUUCUUCAUCCUUGCCCUAGGGGUCGCUCUCAGCUAUAGUAUCGUAGGAUACUCCACUAACUCGCUUUCUGUGAGGAUUGGUUCGUCCUGCAGGAAGGAAUAUUUUCAGAGCAUAUUAGAAAAGCCUAUACCAUUCUACGAUAUGAAUGAGAAUGCUUCUGGGUCUUUGAUUUCUCGCCUCGCAACUGACCCAAAACAAGUUCAAGAUUUAGUUGGAAUGAAUGGAAUAUUCCCGGUUAUCUCCAUAUUCAGCAUGAUUGGUUGUAUUGCGAUUGCGUUCUCGUUCGGUUGGAAACUCAGCCUUGUGGCAGUAUUUGCAGCCCUGCCAUGUACCUUUCUAGCUGCCUUUAUGCGCAUCAGAUAUGAAAUGCAAUUCGAGGCCAUGAACGCAAAAGUGUAUUCUGGAAGCUCACAGUUUGCAGCAGAAUCCAUUGAGGCCUUUCGAACUGUAUCGGCAUUAACGAUGGAAGACUCGAUCCUUGACCGCUAUGCCAAUCUAUUGCGACAGCAACAAAACAAAGCUUUCAGGAAAGCAUGGUACGCGACGCUAAUAUUUGCUUUCUCCGAUAGUGUCGAGCUAUGUGCGAUGGCACUAACGUUCUGGUACGGUGGUCAACUACUCGCGUCCCGAGAGUACCAGCCAACCUCUUUCUUUGUCAUUUACAUGGCCAUCAUACAGGGAGGGCAAUCAGCUGGUCAAUUUCUUAGCUUUGGACCGAAUAUGGCACAAGCCACUGCAUCGGCUAACCGGGUGAUGAACCUACGACCAAGUUCAUUCACGAAGGACACGGCCAAUAUCGGACAGAAACAACUUGCCCAUUUUGCUUCACAAUCUGGAGCUAGCAUCGAGUUCUCUGACGUUGCUUUCAAAUAUGCAUCUCAAGAUGCCCCUCUGUUUACUGGACUUAAUGUUAGUAUCGAAAGCGGGCAGUUCGUUGCCUUCGUUGGACCUUCUGGCUGCGGAAAAACAACUGUAAUAUCCCUGCUAGAACGGUUCUAUGAUCCCUUUCGAGGCACGAUAUCCUUGAAUGGCCAAAAUAUCCGCUCCAUUGAAACAACGUCUUAUCGCAGAGCGCUAUCGCUAGUGGCCCAAGAACCAAGACUCUUUGAGGGAACAAUUCGUGAAAAUAUCACCCUUGGACUGAAUAAGUCUGACUUCACCGAAAAUGAGAUAAUCCAAGCCUGCAAAGAUGCUGAGAUACAUGACUUUAUUACGUCGCUGCCUGAGGGCUAUUCCACCGAGCUGGGCAUCAAAGCACAGACCGCUCUUAGUGGAGGCCAGAGGCAGCGGCUAUGCAUUGCGCGUGCACUACUACGAAAGCCGUCAUUGCUUCUAUUGGAUGAGGCAACUUCGAGUCUAGAUUCGCAAUCAGAAAAGGUAGUACAAGCGGCUCUGGAGCGCCUCGCGGGGAGGAGAAACAUGACAAUUGUCGCGGUCGCGCACAGACUUGCUACUAUCCAGAAAGCUGAUAUGAUCUUUGUCUUCGGCGAAAGCGAGGCUGGCCAUGGAUCCCGAAUUGUGGAGCAGGGAACACAUCAAGAAUUGCUUCGGACCAAAGGGACCUACUGGCAGAUGGUAAGUAUCAGAACUCUCUUUCCACGACUGUUCGCUUCAUUCUCCUUGCUAAAAUUGUCAUAGUGUCAGGAAAACGCCUUAGAUAGAUGAAGUCCUGCAUUGGAUUUGAUCUUUUGCUCCUUAUCCUUUUCUUUGAUUGAUUGGGGGUGUUUAACCUUCUCUGGCUCUUUUUAUAGAUACCAAACUACAAUGCUACUAUUUUCUUUUUUAGCUAUUUGGUUUAGAUGGAUCGGUUCACUACGGUGGUGAUUUAAUAUACAACACAUACUGGGCACCUUAGAUUUGUUACAUUAUGAGUCAGUAUAUGAUAUGCUGGACGCGACUAGGACGUCUGUCAAUGGAGAAUGAUACCUCCUGAAAGUCUCGAAAUCAUAUCCUGCGGCGUUUGAUUGUCUUAUGUAGAUUUUGGCGGUUUCUUACGCCAGGCUAGGAGCUGGUGACCUGUACUAUAAAAAGGGAAUACAUAGUGGAAGUACCCUGGGGAUCUGGAGAGCCUAGCAAUACUAC